UCAACCCAGCUCGAGUGGCUUUGAUGAAAAAAAUGAACUGGACAAGAUGUGGCCUUAUUUUCGAAGAGACCAGUUUUAGACAGCAUUUCGAUGAUCUUGCAGAGCUAUUACGCGCCUCUGGCAUCAGCGUAGUUGCUAUGGAGACAGUGCAUGAUGUCACACAGUCACGGGAACAAAUCAAAAGUUUAAAGGGGCAUGAUGCUAGAAUUUUCUUCAUGGGCUUCUAUCCGGAGGCGGCAAAGUAUGUCUUCUGCCAGAUCUAUAACAACGGCUUAGAAGGACCCAGGUACGUGUGGAUCAUUCCUGGCUGGUACGCAGCAGGAUGGUGGACAACAGCCUCAGUAAACACUCACGGAUGUUCUGCCGAACAACUAGAGAAGUUGAUUCUCUACCACAUCCUUGUUAGCGGAGUCCAGAUAAUCGACAAUAUAGAUCGAAUAGAUUAUUACGGAUUGAAACCCCAGAUUGAUCCUCAGCAACGAAAAUUCCUCGAGUGGCUACGUUCCCAGAGCCUCAUUGACAAUAACUGGGCAACACUAGCCUAUGCAUACGACGCCCUUUUCGUUAUUGCUUUAACACUUAACUCAUCUAUUGCGGACUUGGAAGAUCUGGUCCCACCAAGGCGACUUGAGGAGUUUGGUCUCAGCGAUAGAGAGGUUUCAAAUAUUCUUCUACGGAACGCCAAGGCGAUCGAUGUUUACGGGGUAACGGAUCACCUGGUAAUUGGGGAAGAUAAAGCAAGGGACUUUACCGAGUACGUCUUUAUGGAACAGAACCAAGGUAAUACAUCGUACGUUAAGGUCGCAAAGUACGAGAUUGAAAAGAAAUCAGUGUCUCUUCUGCAGGGACAAACGUUCAUGUGGUCAGGUAAUGAGAUUCCUGUAGACGGCAUAACCAAGAUCAAAGAAAGAGUCACUGUACCCUUUAUCAGCAAAAUAAUCUGCUAUAUCCUUUGCGCUAUUGGCACUGUACUUGCACUGUUCUUUUGGGCAAUCAACGUUCGAUACAGGAAGAAAAGGGCUAUCAAGCUAUCUAGUCCCAUGCUAAAUAACAUGAUAAUCUGCGGAUGUUUGCUUCUCUACACCUCUGUCUUUGUCUUCGGUCUGGAUAAGUCAACACUGAAGGAUGGCACUUUCAUCACGAUUUGUUUUAUUGAAUCAACGCUUGUUUGUAUAGGCAUUUCUCUGUCGUUUGGGGCGCUCUUCCUCAAGACAUACCGAAUACAUUUGGUAUGGACCAACUCCAUGCGUCACGCUAAGCGUAUUGAGAUAUCCGAUACUAAGUUAAUGGCUGGUGUAGCAGCCAUGGUAACUGUUGACGUCAUCGUGAUUGCUCUGUGGAUCAUAAUGGACACAACACAGGUGAACAAUGUGCUUCUCGAACCAAAGCUGGACGAGUCAAACACAUUUCCUGAGGUAUACAUAAUACCUACAUACCGGGAAUGUAAUUCGGACCACCAGGUUGUAUUCACUGCUUUGAUAUUCGUGAUCAAGGGCCUGCUCAUGUUGGGAGGAAGUUUUCUGGCUUGGGAAAUGAGACGCAUCUCCAUAGCAGAGCUUAACGACAGCCGUUUUAUUAUCAUGUCAAUCUACGUUGUUGUGUUGACCCUCGCCAUCACCAUUCCAACACUCACCGUCUUGCCAGAGAAUCGGGGCUUGUACUUCAACGUGAAAUCUAUGGCGAUCAUAGUGGCUAACACGUUGGUUUUGUGCUUGGUCUUUGUGCCAAAAGUGACACUAUUUUUUAAGACAAAUGACGGUGAUUUGAAGCUGCAUUUCGGUCGAGAUCAGAGUGGCAUUUCGAGAUCAACCAUUUCUACUCUACCAGGACAAACAACAGCACUGGUCGACAAACUGGUAAAGAAGCAAAGCCAGUUGUCUCAACUGACUGUUCAUCUUGUGAAGCUGCUAGCGAAUGAAAAGGUCCAAGUAACAAAAGACAACAAAGGAAAGUAGCCACUCUGGAGGAAAGAAAAGUCAUCUAUCCCUAGCAGUAGCAGAUGUCACAUUUAUCACUAAUCCAAAAUAAAACUUACGUUCAAGUGUCCUUUCAUUUUGGACGUGGUAUCGUAUUUGAAUUUCCCAUUGAGAUAAUGCACACAAAUCUAUCCACGAAAGUCAAUUAUCUCGUUUAACGCACAAAAACAGUAUUUUAGAAGACCAAAACCAGGGUCUGAAAAUGAAGUGUUUUGUGCAUGUGGAAAGGUGUGAGUUUGUGCUGAUAACGUAUUACAAAUCACGCUUAUUAUCCAUAAUUUAUUUGAAGGCGAGAAACAAUAGACCACUGAUUAUGCACUUUGAACGAACAUCACAUUGCACCAUGGCAGUAGUACAACAAGAAAAACAGGUACUAAGUCCGUCCUUCAUCAAUAAUAUCUUUACAUCUAAAAGAGCAGUCAUUAUUUUAGAAACAAACAUUAUCAUCUUCGUGUUGUUUGAGAAGCACAUUAAGAGAAAUCCUUAUCCGCACAAAAGAUGUUUGACAAUUAAGUAUGUCGUUCUUAAUGCAUUAGUGUCAAGCCGUGUUUCCUGAUUGCAAAAAGUGAAUGCUUACAUUAAAAAAACUAACAGAGUGCACUCGUAAAAGGCAAGUUUAUGAUUAGUUAAUACCCCUGAAAAGAAUAAAACAUGCAGGGAUCUUAUUUUUAUUGUGUGGUUAAGGAUAAAAGAACAAAGGUAAAUGAUUUCACCAAUGGCGACAACAAUUGGCACCCCCUCCCUUGUAUUAAAAAAAAAUUCUUAGCAAAAAAUCCUGAAUCCGCCCCUGAGUUAACGGCGUAGUAUGCUGUCCCGGCUAUUUUGCACGUUUGAAAUUGUAUGUGAAUCUUGAAAAGGAAACUACAAAAUUAUAACUACUCAUCCCUGCACACCAAAUCAAGUAUUAAAUUGCUAAGGAAAUAUCUCAAACCGUACUGGAUAAGUCAUACAUGCAUAGUUGAAGGCUUACAGGUACAACAGCGUAUAUGUAUCGGUGGUGAGAAUAUUUGCUACGUUUCGAAUGGCGUCCUAUGUUCGUCUUUAGGAGUGCUGAACUGCAUAGACCUGUCUUUUCCAAUAUAUCUGUAACCAGGCUACAUGUAAUGUCAGCAGCAGUCCAGCACUCAUGAACACUCAUGAACGAACAGAGAACACUGUCGAGAAAGUCGAGAAUGCUCGCUCAAUAGUUCUUUUCAGAACCACAAUGAUUAACAAAAGAGGUACAAAGACAUGUACAUGGUUGUACCCACAAGCUAUCGUCUAUCUUAGUUCAUUGACAACACUUAUGUACAGUAGAAUUGUGGACAAAAGUAACUCUGGUUGCAACCUGUCCUCAGUUAGAAUAUUCGUGCUAAUCAAAAAGAAAAGAUGCCAAAAAUUCCACGCUCAAAAACACAUAAGGAGACCGUUCAAAACUAGUCAAUUUUAAAAAAGAAAUAGUGGUCAGCAAAAUGAAAACCUGUGUGUAGAAUUCUAUCACAGUGAAUUUAACGGUACAAUUUUUGUAAGAACAGAUUUACAUAAACAAGGUAACAGGAUCAUUCUUUGUAUUUCUAGCUGUGAUUUAAUCAUGCUGCUGGUUUUGAGCCGCAUAGAGCAACAAAUGUGCAGUAAAGCUAAACUCACUAUAAAUAGCCUUGUUUCUCACUUUAUUCUACAAACCAAUAUUUGAACUAUUAAUCAAACGGUUUUUAUUAACGGUAAGAACAAGUCAGUUUCAUUAACUAUCAAGCAGCAAACAAGAUAUGAUUGUGUGUAAAACCAGUCAUUGUGUCUCACUUCGAAAUUAUUCCAUUAAAAAGGCACUAUGUAA